AUGCAGGAUCACACUACGCUCCAAGUACAACUCCAACAGUCCUGCUGGGACGUUCCAGCCGCAGAGAGCUCGGUCGAAGAUCUGACCUUCAAACUGGAGCCACUCACGAAAACUUCCAACCACCCAAACACGAACACUCUCAACCUCCAACUCUACGCCACAACCACCUCUACCGCAACCAUCCCGCCAACCAUGGCAAACCAACAACAGACGCCGUUCCCAUUUCUCAACUUGCCGGCCGAGUUAAGAAAUCAAGUCUACGAAGAUGUCAUCAACAGCGACAGAAACGCCGGCGACGGAAACAGUGUAGCAACCGCGGACAACCUAGCAUUGAUUGCUUCCAACCAGCAGAUCCGAGCUGAAUUCAGCUCAAUGCUGUGGCCCGACGCGCACCUACUCAUCAACCGCCCCAUCAUUCCUGGACAGCUCCCAGCCAAAGCCUACAAGAUGCCGCGAGAAAUCCUUCGACAGAGCGCAUCCUUCCAGAUGUACUUGAAGCUCGACGGACUCCAUUUCAGCACGCAUCGCGACAAGAUCCGGGUCUACCUCAUAUGCCAUCCCAGCAAAGGCACCUACAGACUCUGGGCUCCAGCGUUCGCUCGACGCACAUCAAGCUGGUAUCCCGACGAGAUCGCAAAGUAUCACGCGUGGAAAACGAUUCGCGCCGUCGAAGCAUGGCUAGAAGACCGAUUUUCUGGUAUGGCAAUGUACCCCGAGGCGAAGGUCCCAGGCGCGACAAUCUACCCAGCAGAUUUCCCUCACGUCAUAUCGUGCCAUCGACGCCAAGGGCUCAAGAUCGUCCAGAACCACUACGGUCCAUCUCAGCUACCCUUGCGCCAGAAACUCCUCGUCUGCGGCCUCGCUGAGGGACACAUUCUCUACCUCCGAGCCCAGAAAAUCUGGAUGCCAAUUCGAGCCAAGCUCAAAGACACAACGGCCGACAAUCUCGAGAACCUAGCCACUGUCCUCGGCUCCAUGGCUCUCCUCCGAAUCGUUGUUCUGAUGAUUCCACGAAUGCAAUUCUUCUCCUUUGCUUCGCUGAUUGGAAUCCCAUCAAUCAUCAGAGCCGCUCUCGAACGCUUACCCUCGACCACGAACGAUUGGGUCCUGACGCGACUGAAUUGGGUCUGGCCGACGCUGUUUCUCGUCAACGCUGCCGUUUUCGUCUUUUCGUAUGGUUCCUGGAGCUUGUUCUGGACCAUCCUGGGAUUUACGAUAAGCAUCCUACUGGCUCUUUCGUAA